AUGUUAGAUUACGGUAUUCGAAUAGAGAAACCCAUAUUCUGUCCAUUACGGUAAAAGGUACACAGUACUGGCCAAUCAGCGGUUCCUGGGCGUCCAAAGAGGAACUUCACAGUGAGUCAUUUAUCACAUUAGACGCCAUAAACGUUCAAAAUACAUGAUAUUUGUUGCUGACAUUAAACCUAAAAGCCACUUCUGUUCACAGACAGCGCUGUUCGUGGGGCAGAAGGGAUUUCCGGUGAGUUUUGGUCAUUUUAUCUUGGUGUAAACAUCAAACCGACGAUCAAGUAAUGCUGUAGAGACCAUAGACUGUAUAGAGUUUGGAGAGAGCUGAUUUCGCCUUCAACAUACGAGCAAAUGGUAAUGUUAAUGUUGACUUAUGUCUCUGAUCGGUUCAUAUGUGUAGCUUAUAUAUUUAGUGUCUGUUGUGGAUUUCUUUAUUAUGGCUGGAUGCCUGUUUUUUUUAGUAUACACAACUUGUAAUGGUCAUUUUAUUUACUUUUAAGUGGAAGUAACCUGUUGUUUUUCCUACACAAAGAAAGGGCACCAAACCUUGUUGUUGUACCAGAGUGAAAUCUUAUUUUCAACAGUGUCUGAAACUAAAAGACUUUGACUUUUUCCCUUUCUGCAAAGUCUAACCACAUUAAUACUGCAGUUUGGAGGGUUUCUGACUCUCACAGUGCUGCACUAUUGUUUGCAUGUUGUAUGUAAAUAAUAUCUCUCCUGGAGUCCAGUAAAGCUGCGAAGAACCGUCUGUUGCAUGCUUUAUAUUUCUAGACUUUGCUCCCUUUUUAUGGUUGCUUUUACCAACACGCCCAGGACUACAGUUGUAUAUAUAAAACUUGCUUGACGAUUCAAAAAUGUUGCCUGUCCACUCGUCUGUAUACUCAGUGCUGUGAAGGAUUGUAAAGCUUUGUUAAUAGAUUAAAGGGAGAGGCUCAGAUAUACAGUAACUGAUGUGUGUUUUUUUCCUCUCUGCAGAAAUGAGGACGCCCCAGCCUGCAGAUGUGGUCCAAGAAGAGCAGCAGCAGGCCAUAUGUGGAAGGAGCUUAUCCUCAAACUUUGCUCCCCUAUGUCUGGAAAACAAGAUCCUGGCUCAGACCUCUUCUCUCUCAGCUCUCCAGCCCACUAGCUUGUCCUCUACCUCCUCCUCCCUUCUCUCCACCUCUUCCUUCCCACCCUCCUUCACCUCUCCUCUCCUUAGCACGGAAAACAAGCUUCUAAAAAGUGAAUCGCCUCUUUUUUCCGUCUCACUGACCUCAUGUUCAACCAUCCCAAAUAAACCCCUGCACUCAUCAUCGACCAGAAGUCCUCUUGUUCAUCCUUCUUCUGCACUCACUCCUGUUUUGGGUGGAGAAAAGAAUGUCGAUAGAGAGAAUGAGGGUGAAGAAGAGCUCUUUCGAGUCAUGGAGUCCUUUUUUGAAGACUCAAGUGUGGUACAUAAAAUAAUCCUCUUUUCCACCAUGUCUUCUGCAUGCUUUAAGUGUCAAUCAAACUAUUUCAGAGCAUGUUUAAUGAAUACUCUUGACAGCAUCUCUUUUUUAAUGUGUCUCCUUCUGCGUUAGAUCGGCUCUGAGGAAGAUGAAUGUUCAUUUGUGGAGGAAGAUAACGCUGGAUCCUCCAUGGAUUUAGCUACUCUGGGAACAGAUUUGUGCAACCAAGAACCUGAUCAAUCUGUGGUGAUCAGACAGGAGGAGUUUGCUGAUCUGGAGAGGAGAAAUGAUCAAAUUGAAGAGGAGCUGAAGGAUAAAAAGGUUUGUCAUAGAAAGACAGAGAAACCUCACCAUAUCUGUUUCUGAAAUUUGAGCAUAUAUUUGAUAUUUUUUCUGUUCCUCAGUAUCUCCUGUUGAACGCCGUGUGUUGCUCCCUCAUCAAUAAGAUGAAAAACCCGGGUGACAAGGAGUGGGACUCAGAGAAGAGUGUUUGGACCAGCAUCAUGAACCUGGCUAAGGAUAUUUCUGACUCUGACCCACAGUUUCUUCUCAAGGUGAGCAAAAAGUAAAGCAGUAAAAUAAAUCAAAAGUCAUAUAACAUUGAAGGGAGAAAGCAAACAUAUUAGUAAUACAGGUGCAAACAGCUAUAAAAGCAAUAAAAACAACCAGAGCAAUAAAAAUGAGGGAGUAAAGUCAUCAGUAGAAUAAUAAGGAAUAAAAUACAAUUAAAUUUAAAUUAAAAAUGAAAAAAGGGUCAUUAAAACAGCAGCUGGGCUUCAAGUGCCCUCAAGUCUCAGAGGGGGGAGUAUCUGUCAUGAAGCCUGGGUUAAACUAAAGAAAAGGACCCAAAUGCAGAGCAAAGGAUUUAAUUUAAAAGAACUAAAUGGAAAAAAACACCAAAAAUUUUCUUUAAAAUGUCCAACUAGAAAAAUCUAAAGGCAGAAUCUAAGAAAAGACACUGGGGAAAAAAACCACAAGGAGACAACUGGGGUAACAAACAUACACACACAAAACGACAUACAAUGAACUAACAAAGACAGAGGGGAAGACGGGCUGUGUCCAAAAUGAAUCACUCAAUUCCUGACCCCUAACCCCUGUAUGGGGUUUCACUUUACAGCUGACUAUGAAGUGAGCUCAAUCACCGGAGGUUUCAGACACUACAUGGCGAGAUGCAAUGCAUGACGGGAUGCCCACCACCAGUGAGUGACCAUCGGAUGGUCACUACAUUUUGCAAUGCUCUAUAGGAAAUUUUGAGUUGCCUAUACGGGGCAUUGGAGUUGAUCACUCAGGUUUCGGACACCCCUCAAAAUGGUGCUAACCCCCAUAUAAUCUCCUUUAUAGGGGUUAGGGAUCCAUUUCGGAUACAGCCAGGGACUAUAUACACACACUAUAGACAGAGGUAAAACUCAUGGGUGAUUAACGAAGGAGGGAAAACUUGGAAAGUAAAACCAGACUAGAAACACAAGGAAUCAACGACUACAAAAUAAACACCGGAAACUGAUCCAAAGAAUAAAAAACAGAGAACAGGAGGGAAACAGGGUCAAACACAAACUGAAAACUCCCAAGACUGGACUUCAGGGGAUCAGGAACAAAAUGCACUCAAAUACAACCAGGAGCAUAACUGAACAGAACAGGUCAUGAAAGUAUCUUCGAUCUCCUGCAUAACAAUUAAAGGAGGCGCAGUGUGGCUGAAUUAUUUGACUAAGUGGCAGCCAAUUAUUGGAAAAUGAAAUUGGACCCAAAACUGAGCCUUGAGGUACACCACAGGUGAUAGUGAGAUCAAAGAGGAGUGAUUACCUACGAAUAACACCAGCUAGGUGCACUAUCCCUGAUACCCAUGCAGAUUUUCUGUAACAUUUCACUGUAACAGCAUGAUUAACUCUGUUAAAAUCACACAGGUGGCAGUUUACACUCGACAAGAGCUGAACAUUCGCAUCACAGCAAACUUCCUGUUGGCUCUGGCUGCUCAUCAACCGUCCACCAAGUCCCAUGUCCGCAGAUACUUCUGUGCCGCCGUACAGCUGCCCUCAGACUGGCUGGAAGUGGUCAGAAUCUACACCACUGUAAGUGCUUCAAUGCUGGUGUUGCAUAGUAUUAACAAAUACUUAUUAGUCUGGUUAUUAAGACACAUUUUAUAAUUGCAACAUAUGUGGGAAUUGUCCUUUUUGCAUUUGGAUUUCAAGUUCAAUUUGAUAGAGAUAUACAUGUUUCCUUACAUUUUGAGGAUAACAUUUGAAUAAAAGUAAAUCUCUGCAGUACUACUGUACCUCAUAAUGCUGUACAAAAUUAAAGCUAAGCUGCAGCUGAUCCUUUUCUAAUGUUCCUGCCUAGUUUGAACACCAAAUUUGUCUGUUUCCAGUGUUUCAGCCGCUCUCUGCCGAUGUGCUUAAAGAAGGCGAUGGUUGACAAAUUCAAGCAGUUCAAUGAGUACCAGUUGGCUAAAUACAACACACGCAAACACCGCUGUAAACACUACCGAAACAAAAGCAAGGUAAGGAAGUGUUCAAAAUGGUUUGUUCUUUUUUUAAAUUUAGCAAUAGUUGUUUCAAAAUCAUUAACUUUGUUGAAUGUUUCUGAAGCCAAAAAAACAGGACCUGAAAAAGUGGGCGGACCUGCUGCGAUCAGAUGAAACUAUUCUGUCCAAGUUUGUAAGUAUUGCACAUUUCUCCUGUUAGCAACUCUUGAAUCUGUCACAGUUAUUGCAUUUAUUUUUUACUAGAAUUGGCAUUCGUGGAAGCACAGGACUGUAAAAUCACCCAAGUAAACAAUGAUGUAUAUAUAUGGAUGUGUGUGCAGUUGCAGAUAGAGGGCAGGAAAGCGGUGGAUAAAAAGCAGAGUGAGUUCAGUAUGAAGAAGAUGAUCAAGCGGCUUCACAUUAAAGACCCAGCUGAACACGUAAUGGCCAUACUGGGAAAAAAGUAAGCAACACAGCGAUCCAAAAAAAAAAACAUUAAAGUCUACCAAUAGUAUGUUAAAAAUGAUGUUUUAAAUGUGUUUACAGCAAAGCAAUGAGGUCAAAUAAAGUUUAAUGAGAAUACUUUUCUAUAAAGAUAUUUAAAAAUAUAUUUAUUUAAUGCAUCUACAGCUGAUCAUGAUUAUAUAAAGAAAUCUUUGACAUAAAACAUAUUCAAGGUAGAAUGAAAGGUGAUUGGAUCUAGGGUUGUUUAUAUGUCUAUCCUAUAAGCAGGUAGGUUAAAUACACCUGUGUUGUUCUCAGGUAUCCUGCUGAUAUGAGGUCUUUCACUAAAAGUGGGAUGAAGGGCUCAUGGGACAGGGAGCGAGCCGGGCAGCGGAUGAAGCUUAAGCAGCCAGAGACGUGGGAGCGGCUGCUCAGCCAGGAGGGAAACAAGGCUGCUACCUGGGAGAAACUCAUAGGUGUGCUCAGCACAAAUAUUUAAAACGUUCUUUAAGUUUGUACAAAGAAUUUUUUUUCCCUUUGUUGUGCUGGCUGUCGCAAAAUCCUUACUAGUCUCUAAUAACAGAAACGGGACGACUCACUUUCAUUGUAUCAAUCCGCCACAAGAGGUCCGGAGGAAGUUGACGUUGGUCCAUUUACAGUCAAUGAAGAGAUAAAGAUGAUAGACAGACGAUAAAAAAUGCAAGAAACUGUUGGCCGUGACAGAAAAUAAGCAAAAUGUAUAGCGUCCCAUAUAGAAAACUCUUGAACGGAUUCGGUUCUGCCAGUACUAUAUAACCCUAAGAGACUGAAAAGAAAGAAUCUUAGACUGACUGUGAAGAGGCAGGAAACUCACUAGCGUGCUGCGCUUGUAAACGCGGUUGUACUGUACAAUAAGCAAAAAAGUUCAAUAAAAUGUUUGUUAUAACAACGGUUCGCUCGUUUUAAAGACAUCUAGUUGUAAUGUGGGUAAAAAAACCCUCAGUUUUCUCAUUCAAAAUAGUGCCGGUUUAUUCACAGUGAUAACCGUUAUAACUGUUAGCUUAAAAAGGCAACCGAAUAACCGUUAGCAGCUUCAGUGGCGAGGCUAACGGUCAUUUUUCUUAGAUGGAAAUAUAAUUACUAACUUCUAGUCAGCAAAAUUGCCAAGGAUGAAUGUUUCAUUAAGGUUUAUUUUUAGUGCGCGGAAACUGAUAUGCUGUUCUGCUAAUGGGUUCUCAGCUUUUGAAAUAUCAAUAUUACUGUUAAAAAAUAUAUUAGCAUAGGGUCAGGUAAAGUUAUGAAACUGAUUUAAAUAGUCAUGUCCUUGUCUGAUAUGCUCUCUACUAACUUGACUGUAAAAUAUUUCAAAUUAAUAUUUUUAUAACCCAAAAUCAAAACAAACCUAUCAUUAAAAACACUGAUUUAUUGAAAUGCACCCUUUGAGUGAUUGAUUGUCAGAUAAUGAUCAUACAUAUUGCUGAAUAAUGUCUCCUCUAUUCAGACAACAAGUCUCUUCCAUUCAUGGCCAUGCUGAGGAACCUGAGGAACAUGAUUAUUAAAGGCAUCAGUGAAGCUCAUCAUAAGAAGAUCCUCAGCAGACUCACCAACAAGGUCAGAUCCAUCAAAACAAAAGAAAGCAUGAACUUAGUAAAUUUUUGUAACUGCUACUUUCUCUGUGUCUUUACAGAAAGCUGUUAUUCAGAGCCGACAGUUUCCUUUCAGGUUUCUUGCUGCCUACAAAGUUAUCAUGCAGCUUCAAACUUUAGGUGAGACAAAUACAGCUGAAGUUAACACAUGAAAACUCUGAGUAUGUCUCUUUUAAAUUUGGCGUCACACACUCUUUACUAUUCUGUUGUUUAGCCUUGGCAUCACAAAAGGCCAUUCCAUCUGGCAAAGAGAUCCUAAUAAGCAUCCUGAAGAAGAUCCCGAAGAGCAGGCGUUAUAAGCGCAUGAACUGGGAGACAACACAAAAGAGCAGACUGAGGGUGACACUCAGAGCGCCGUUUAUCUACAAGAUGUAUAAAAUGAAGAAAGCCCAGCUCAUAAAAGCCAAGUAUGAAAAUGUCUCAGAGAGUCUGUAUUUUUUUUCUCAAACUCUUUUUCUGAUUUUAUUUUUUCAGUAGCAAAUGUCUUGUUUUCUGUGAUGAUGCAGGAAAUAUAGGAAGAACAAGUAUAAACGCCACAAACAGCACUUCAAGAAAAACUAAAAAGGCUAAGGAAAGAGAAGACAGACAUUUAGAAAAGCCUGACAGACAGGAGUGUAUUCAAGGGAACCAUGUUCGGUCAUGUAAUACCACUGUUUUUGUUUCUGUGAACCCAGUGAGAGGCUGUUCACCGCUGACCUCUUGGAUCGUUACCGCAAAGCUCUCGAGACAGCCGUGCAGCUCUCCUGUCGCUACAACGUGCCCCCGCUUCCUGGACGGACAGUUAUCAUACUGUCAUCAGACAUGAGUUCAUACAGGAACCUAAAACUGGACUUCUGCCUACCACCAGACCCUGAGCAAAACGACGAGGAAAAGAAGGAAGAAGAAGAAGAGGAGGAGGAAGAAGAGGAGAACAGGAGGAGAGAAAAAGAGAAAACAGAAGAGGAUGAGAACUUUACUCCAUCUGUAAGGCCCUGUAACAUAAAACACAACCAUAAAUGUACUAUUACAUAAAUCUAACAUCUCCCUGUUUUCAUCAUCACUUUGUCUUCUCAGAUUGAAGAGAUCGCAAUUUUGCUUUCUCUGAUGAUCAAAAGCAGCGCUGAGGACUGUCAGCUCUACAUCUGUAACUGGGGCUCCUCUGAAGAAGUCAAGCUGAAGUCUGAUGUCCUUCUGGAUAAUGUCAGGACUGUGGUCAAACAAGUGAAGGUCUGCUCUGACAAGAAAAAAAAACUAUUUUAUGUACUUGCCAAUACCUUACUGCAUCAGUUCAAUCAUGUGUGAAUGGGCUGUCUCUUUAGGGAAGUCUUUGUUUAUGAAUGAUUCCUAUUUACAGGCAUUCACAGAGGAAAAUCACUGCAGAAAUGUCCUCCCCACAGUCUUCAACAACAAAAACAAGGUCAGUCAUUUUUAUAGUUUGAUUUCACCAUGAAAAAUCUUGCUGAUUUAUCCGCAGUUUCCAAGGUAAAGUCCAAGUUGUGCUCAGUAGAUGAAAAUUUCUACUAUAAAAUGAAUGACUGUCUGUAAUUCAUUAAAACAACAAAGAAAUCUGUAACUGGACCUGAGAUCAUUUCCACUGAUAUCAUUCUACAGCUUUGUUGAUUCAACACUUUAGAGGGUGAGAUCAAUCAGCUGUAUUCAACUUCAGUAUCCUACAUUUGUGCGCUCGUGUCUCUCAGAUUGACAACGCCAUCGUGCUGACUGACAGCUACGUCCCCAAUAGGGUUGAAUGGACCAUCAACAGCUACAGGAAGGAUGUAAACAACAAAGCUCUCUGUGUGCAGGUCUUCCUCCAUGAACGGUAAAUCUAAAUAAAUCAAGUAGAAUGUACAAAGAUUCUGAAUGUUUAGCUUUUUAUGGGUCCUUUCUCUAACAUUUGUGGAUUGAUAAUGUAUAGUUUUGUUGAUACCUUGCAGACACCAAGAGUUUGAACCUGAAAGGAACUGUGUGAGCCUGGUAGGCUUCAGCGAACAAAUACUCAGGUGAAUAUGAUGGCUUUGAAAUGAAUGUACAGCUUAGUUCAGAGCUGAGAGUUUUCAGAGAAUAUGAAAACUGGGAGAGUGGUUUAUGUUAAAUGGAAAAAAGCCUCAUGUAUGUCAGUAUGUAUCGAUAUACUACAUAAUACUGAGCUAUGCUGAGCAGAUAUUUGCAGUCCUGGAAUAUUAACGUUUUUCCUACAACUUGUCCAGGUUUGUGGCAGAGCGAGGAUCGUCCCGGCUGCUGGACCAUGUGGAGCAUUUGGACAAACUCUACAGCAUACCACCACCACUAGAGGGAGCUAAAAAACCACAGACCUCUAACACUGUUGCCCAAAUACCAGCCAGCCCAAAGCUAAGGUGGUUUUGAUUAUUUCCUGUGACAGUCACCUGACUUAACUUUUUAUUUCUUGCUUUCCUGUUAAUUAUUUAACAAAAACUACCCCGUCUGUCCCCAGGUGGAGAGGCGUCCGUGUGUUUGUCUCCUCCACCUUCAGAGACAUGCACGCCGAGCGGGACAUCUUGGUGCGCAGCGUGUUCCCAGAGCUCAGGCGUCGUGCUGCUCAACACUGCCUCUACCUGCAGGAGGUGGAGCUGCGCUGGGGCGUGACAGAGGAGGAGUCGGAGCGAGCCGCAGAGCUGUGUCUGUCAGAGGUUUGUCGCAGUCAGAUGAUGGUGGGAAUCCUGGGAGAGAGGUACGGCCUGGUGCCUCCCAAACCGGACCUACCUGACCUGCCUCAGUACAGCUGGGUAAGACUGAUGACAGUGAAGAGAAGUUUGAAGAGUUUUAGAGGAGGGCUGACUUCACAGAUGACAGUCAGAUCUUUGUUGUUUCCCUUUGUGCAGCUGGUGAAGGCUUCAACAGGCAUGUCCAUGACAGAGAUGGAGAUCCGUCAGUUUCAGGCUCUUUACCCCGACACAGCACAACAGCGGAUGUUCUGCUACUUCAGAGACCCAAACAUCACCAAGUAUGCUAUCUAUGCUCACUUUUAGAACCCUUCUUUACAAUAAGAUAUAUGAUGUUUUGGGAUUCUGUGUAGUUGAUUUAAAGGCUGUGACAAGCACUUUUCUGGAUAUCCUUUUAAGUUUUUAUUCCUUUUGUGUUAUUCAGAGCUGUACCUGUAGCGUGGAGAUCUCACUUUGCUCCUGAAUCAAAGGGGGCUGAGUCCAAAAUGGACUCUUUGAAGAGGAUGAUACGAAACAGUGAAGUCAAGGUCACUGAAAAGUGAGUAUGUCCUGAACUAUAUUUUCAGAAUAGUGGCUUAAAUUCCUUUUGUGGUCGUAAGUUUGAAAAGGUUGAUAUGAAGCUUCCCAACAAUUAAAGUUUUUGUGUCUAAACUGGAGCUUUUUUAUUCAUUUGUUUGUCAUAGUUACCCGUGUGAGUGGGGAGGUGUUGUGGAUGGGAAACCGUAUCUGAAAAACUUGGAGAACUUUGGCAAAGCUGUGCUGGAAGACCUGUGGACGGCUGUUUCAAAGCACUUUGUUGACGUGAGUUGUGAGAUUUAUUUGAUUUAUAAUUCAUUCAUUUACUGACUCUGUCACACUGAUCCCAUCUUUCUCACUUCUAGAUGAGUUAUAAUUUUAAUUUCCACAUUAAACGGCUUUGGAACAUCUUUCUCUUGAUACAACAACACAGCUGAUGUGCGGUUAACAUCUAACUAUUGUCCAUUCGACAGAAGGAUGAUGAUGCUGAGGCUGCGUCUGAUGUAAAAGAGCAGGAGGUUCACCAGGGCGCGCUGCAGAGACAUUUCUUUGGCAGACAGAAGCUGCUGAGUGCAGCUGUGGAGACGGUGGAGAAGGUCCAGAAUAAAGGAGGGAUGAUGGUGUUGGAGGGAGGACCUGGAGAGGGAAAAACUGUCUUCAUGGUACUUGUUUUUGAAAACCUGCUUUAAAACAUUGAACUGUUAUUGUAGGGUUUUAGAUGUUGGUACUCCUCUACAAACAGGAUGAACGGAGGGCAGAAAGGGUGUAAAGCAGGGUGACCGUAUUCUGACUUCCCAACUACAACUAUGCAGGGGGCGGAGUCACAGAGUCACACAAAGCUAAUUUUGAUAGUUUUUUGGGUCAGAUUGAGAGUCUUUUUCACACCUCUAACUCAGUAACUCCAUGUGACACAAACUUGAAAUUUCCGUACAAAACCACGGACGUUUGAAGGAUUUUAAAAACUUCCCCGGACCAAGCUGGACAAACUUGGACAGCCCCCAAAAAAGAGGACAUGUCCGUGUAAAAGAGGACGUAUGGUCACCCUAGUGUAGAGCAGGAUGGCAGAAUAAAGAGCACGAGAAAACAAGUCCCAGAGCUCUGGCUUAUAUCUUUUUACUGAAACUUCACACACAAGGUACCGAGUCUCAACUACAUGCAGCAAAAAAUACUCCUGGUAGACAGCCACACUCCCCAGGUGUAGCUGAUCCCCUAAUUAUAGCUGGUGUAGCUGAUCCCCUUGAUUACAGCAGGUGUAGCUGAUCGCCUUGAUUACAGCGGGUGUAGCUGAUUGCCUUGAUUACAGCAGGUGUAGCUGAUCGCCUUGGUUACAGCAGCAGGCCAGCAGAAGAGACACAACCUUCACCACCUAAUAGCAUUUACUUUAAAACAUAUUCACAAUAAACAAUAUGUACAAGUAACAAAUACUAUGCAAGUGACUUAUAAACUAAUACAGCUGAAAGGAGAUAUCUAAUAAACUGAGGAAAACCUAAACAACUCAAAACUAACAAAAUGUCCCCUCUCCUCCCUCUGCUGGACUUCUGUGGCUGCAUCUUCAUGUGUGCACUUGCCUUCCUAGAAAUAGACCUUGAAAUAAUGACACACAUGUUUCUCUCUCUGCACACAGGCUGCUCUAGCAGAGACCCUCAGGACCCUCAGAGUGAAGUCCAAGACCAAGUUCAUCUGUGACGUCAUCUCCUACUCUACAGCUGCCAGCCAAUCAGCUCGCUCUGUGGAGAACCUGCUUCAAUAUCUUAUUCGGCGGUUGAGAAUAAUGAAAGAUAGUGAAGAGGAAGCACCCAUUUCCCGUUCUUACAGGUGGACAGUUUUUAAAUUUACUUAGUAGAAAGUUAAACCAUCAUCAUGUUGUCCUUACACCAGCCUUUCACUGUCUUUUGUUAAUUUUGAAAACAGAGAUUUGCUGUCCGAGUUUCACUCCAGUAUCAGUGACAUAGAGAAAGACAGACCUCUGGUGCUGCUGGUUGAUGGAGUGGAUCUUGUUCAUGAUGGCAGAGGUCAGCUCUGCUCUGAUUGGAUACCACAGCAGCUCCCAAAGGUCAGUUACAGGGAUGGAAAACUGAAAUAAAGUUACCUCCGUCUUUGAGGCUUCUCUGUAUGUGUGAACAUUGGAUGUUUUAUUUACGGUUAAAUGUUUAUCAUGUAUUUCUCUGUUUCCUUUCUUAUCAGGGUGUUUGUUUAGUAGUGAGCGUCCCAUCCAGAGCUGCUCUGCUGCAAACGCUGACCAAGAGGGGAAGUUCUGUCCUGUUUUCUCUGGGUCAGCUCACCAUGCAGGGCAGGAGAGAGAUCGUUCAGAAGGGACUGAAAACCUUUGGGAAGAAACUCAGUGACUCUGCGUUCAACAACCAGGUUUGUCUCUAACGUUUUGUAUCACAUGGUUUCUUUUUUGUGUACUCUUGAUAGGUUUUACGCGUCCAAUUUCUCUGUCUGUUCAUAGAUACCUUCACUUGUUAAUGCACCUGUAAUUCUUCUUUAAACUAUAAAUGCUCCGUUUGCUUGUGCAGCUCCAGACUCUGAUUAUGAAGAAAGGAGCAGUGAGUCCUCUCUACCUGCACUUGGCCUGUGAAGACCUGAGGAACUACGCCUCCUUUGACAGGGUCUGUUUUUUUUUCUCACAAUUCCUCAGUAGGAAUACAGUUGAUUUCCUGUGUUAUUGGCUGUUAUAAUGCAAGAUUAGACUGUAUCUCCCUCCUGUGACCACACAAGAGGAAAAAAUUGGGGUGCUAACUGUCCUUGCGGUCUAAACACAUGUACCUUGUACAUCGGCUGCAGACCUCAAUGUGGUGAUCAUUGGUUUGACUCCCAGCUACAACCUGUAUCUCUACCGCUGUUCUGUCAAUUAAGACAACAUGCUCCAAAUAGUUAAAGAGAAAAGCGGUCAUAAAUUAAAGGAAUAUUGUUUAUUUUUUGUGUCCCAGCUGAAGGAAAACGUCGAGAGCUUACCUCAGUCUCUGAGUCAGCUGGUGAAGCACAGCCUGGACAGACUUUGCUUACAGUACAGAGGCAUGCUGGGACUCUGCUGGGCCCUGGGAGCUCUCACUGUCAGCACCACUGGUGAGAUGAGCGGAGCUUUUAUGGCUUUUUUCAGAAUCACUGUACAGAUUUAUUGAUAUGAAGAGCUACAUUACAAUAUUUAUGGUUUUGGGUUGUUAUAAAAUCGUAAGUUUGUACUUACCUGUCAACAUUUUGUCCUCUUCAUCCUCAGGCCUGAGGGAGACAGACCUGUACUCUGUCCUGAACACAUGUAAUGACUUAUCCACCCAGUAUGGACAGCCCACAUGGGAGGAAGCUCUUCACCUGUCUAGGAAGCCCAAAGGACGCGUUCCUAUGGCAACUUUCACUCGUAUAGUGCAGAGUUUACAGAGGUAAGAGUUUGAACUUAUGGUUAGGUCUGUUUUCAUCAUAUAUGUAGUGGAUGGGUCUAUAGAGCUAAUACAGAAGUGCUUCAGUUCUUCCUAUAAACCAGCAGGGGGCGACUUUACCAGGUUGAAAGAAGGAGGCCAAAUAUAACCUGACUUCCUAUUUGAUUGUUUUCCAGGACUUAAGUUUUUAACUUGCUAAACACAAAACCCCUUUGACUAAAAUUUAAACUAAUCCGGUGGUCACUAUUUAGACAAUCAAAAAGAUUUCCAUCGCUCAUGUGCUUUUCCUUCUUUUCUGCAGUCUGAUUGGAUCAUCUGAUUGCCUCAUGACUGACAACCAGCUGAAUUUGUCCAAUCCGGAGGUGAGGAGGGCCUUUGAGGAUUUCCUGCUGCCAACAGAGAGCGACAGAACCAGAGCUCACCUUGUACUUGCAGGUAGAUUACACACACCCUUUUCUAAAACAUCGGCGGUACAUCAAGGUUACUGUACACUUCAACUUCACCAUCAUGUCUCUUUGAAUGCAGCUCAUCUGUGGGCUGUAGCUGACCCUCAGGGAGCAGACACCUUCCUGCACUGUGAGGCCAACUCAGUCAUGCAGCUGCCCUCAAACCUGGUGAGCAAGUGAUUUCUAACUCUUGGAGACUUAAACAACAAAUGUCUAGAGUAUCUAGUAUAGAGAAAUGCAAUCAUUUACAUACAUUUAUUGCUGUAGAUUUGAACUCAUGUCUGAUUUUGUCUUUAACCAGAUUCAGAGUGAUCAGAUGGAGGCUCUUCACUCUCUGCUCUCCAGCUACUACUUUGUGUACGCUCAGGUGCGUCACGGCCUCCUGCACCAACUCCUGCAGACUUACAGCUCAUAUGGUCAGUGUGCAUGACUGAACUGUGUGAUUAAAACUAAACAGCAGGUUUCUAAAUUAACGUUUGUAUCCUGUAAAUUGUUCCCCUCUCUGUAGAUGAAGAGUGUGAUUCUGCAUCCUCAUGUAAGUUCUGAAAACUAACUGACUCACAAAAAAUCUUCCAAGUUUUCUUUAUUCCUCUUCAGCUCGUCUCUCUUCUUUCUCUCAGGCGGUUCCCAAAGUCUCCUUGAAGACUGUCGUAGUUUCCUGAAGCGUCACUCUCAGAUGUUCUCCUCUUGGCCGGCUCUUUUCAUCCAGCAGGCCCUCAAUGAACCUCCUGAGACCUCUGCUCACACCUGGGCACAGGGCCUGAUGGGUAAAGGAGGAGUCCGUGUUGUGGAGUGGCUGAAUAAUGACAAUGAGGUUCAGCAGGAGACCAGGUAAGCUGGUAGGACUGCAGUUGUUUCUGUUCAACCUUCUGUGUUCAGUGUUUAAAGUAAGUAUUCAUGUGUAGGAACGUUUUAGAAAUGUGAUGUGUUAAAUCUCAGUGAGCUGGUGUCGACCUUCUCCUCUGAGCCGACCUGUGUGGUUGUGAGCCCAGAUGAAGAUCUGAUGGUGGUCAGCACUGGACAGGGAACGCUGCAUCUCAUCAACACACAGACUGGACAGGUUUGAACACGACUUCUUUUACUUUUAUUGAGACGGAUCAGUUUGAUCAGAUUUUAGCAUUUCACAGAUUUUGUGACCUCGAUGGACUCACUUUUGGUUUUUUCAGGUCCUCCUAACUUUUUGAAAACUUGAUAUGUUCUCUUGUUUAAAGUUCAGACUCCAAUUUAAAUACAUUCAUCAAAAUAGGUUGUACAUUAGAUUGUCUGCAGUGAUCUUGUACAAAUGUUAAAACCAGUUUAGAAACAAGCUGAUGAGUCAAUCCAAUUUCUCCUCUGGUUUUGAACAGGAAGUGAAAUCUCUGGUGAGCAGCUGUGACGGCAUCUCGAGCUGUGUGUUUCUCAAAGAUGGCCGCCUCGCCACCACCUCCUAUGACGGGCGGAUAGAAAUCUGGGACAUCGGGAACAGCUGCAGGUGAGAGGAGAGCUGGACAGAAAGUUUAGCCUGUUUAAAUCACUUGGUGUCUGUUUUUGGUGGAUGUAGUUUAAAUUGACGGACUCAUGUUUCGUCUCUUUGCAGGACCGCUCUCAUUGAUGCCCACACUAACACAAUAACAGGAAGUGACAUCACUGCGGACAAGAAGAACCUUGCAACCGUGUCCUUAGACUUCACGCUGAAAGUCAGAACCAAGAUGAAUUAUUCAAACUUAACAUUCAAUUAUUAUGAAAGUUUGUUUAACAUCAUAGUUCCCUUUUGAUAGUGAUUACCUGACUUUUCUUUCCAGGUCUGGUCCUCGGCUAAAGGUAAUGAGGUUGCAGCCUUUCACAGCAAGAGUCCUUUGAACUGUGUGACCUUUGACCCCGAUGGUCACCUGCUGGCUGCAGGUUGCUGGGAUGGGAAUGUGAUCAUUUGGAACUGGCUCCAGAAUAAAACCGUCACAGUGAGUUUUACAAAGAGAUAAAUAAUCAGUUAAUCGUUUAUUUUGAUUAACACUCACCAAGAAAUAAGAUCACUUGGCUUUGGAUAAACUUUAAAACUGACAGAAAAAAUCUGUCCCUCUCUUCUAUUAUUCAACCAUGAGCAGGUAUUUACUUGGUAGCUUAAAAAAAGGUUUCAGAGAAGAAGUGUGUUACUGUGAUUAAAGGUUUUAAUGCUUAAAUAAUUAUUACCAUCUCUGUUUUGCUCUUCAGAAUCUGUCCGGUCAUCAGCGCUCUGUUCGCUCCCUCUCCUUCGCUCCCUCCUCCUCCUCCAUGCUCUGCUCCGGCUCUGUGUCUGGAGAGGUCAGGGUGUGGUCGGUGCCCACUUCCACCUGUGUGGGAUGUUUCCAGGCUCACAGCGGAGCCACAGAGACUCUCACCUUUGUGGAUGAAGGGAGCAUGCUGCUGAGUGCUGGCUCUGAUUACAUGGUGAGGAAACGCUGAACAAACUAAACCUUGGAUCAGAGAAAUGAAACCGUCUCAAUGAAGGUGAAUAAUUAUAUAUUCUGUAAAACAGCUUCACCUCUGGUCAGGAGGACUUGGACAUUCAGUGGCUACAUUAAAAAAUGAUUCAGUAAGUAUUUGAUUAAGUUUAUUAGGUCACAAUUUAUCUAUCUGAAUAUGUUUUGUUCAUCUUUAUGUCAUAAUUUAUGGAUGAAAUGAAAACGUUGCUGCUGUAAGGUAAUCGAGGCAAGAAUAUCUGACAGUCAGGGCUCAAUUCUGUCUUUAUUUUGUGUUUAAGUGUGAGCAGGAGCCUCCACACAAGAAAAAGAAAUCUGCAACAUCGGGGCCGGCUGCUCUGUGUGUGGCUGUCAAAGGAGAUUUUGCUGCAGUGGGAUAUCAUGGUGACGGCUUCAAACUCUUCAGUCUGGAAACAGGUGGGUUUCAUGUCACAAACAUUUCAUUGUUUUUGUAAGUCAAACCUCCUGUCUCUUUUUAUAUGGUGAUGACUUAAACUAAGACAGAUAUUGAAGGUAGAUGAAAAAUUGUAAUUACAAAAUAAAUCGACAAUUAUGUAGCUUAAGAUGAGAACAUGAGUUAAAAUGAUGAACAAAAUAUGCACAUUUUUUGACCAAACAGACAUGAUUGUUUUUGACACACAUUGUACAAGUCUCAGUGAGAUAUCCCCUGAAAGUAAAGAUUCAGAAACAUAAAAUAUUAUGAUUUUACUCUUUCAUUUAAAGACUUUGUAUCCAAACAGACCCUCACUGUUUCUGUCUAAUCGUAGGUGAGAAGAUUUGGGACUCGGGGAGCCUCAGCGUGUCCGUACCGUGCCUGCGAUGGGUCUAUUUGGAUGCCGAGGAGAAGGAACCUGAGCUGCUGGUGUCUGCAGGCAGCGACAUGCGUAUGAGAAUCUGUAGGAAGAGGGACGGAAAUAAAGGGCUGCUGGGAGGUCUGGACCAGUGGGCAGAUUUUGGUCGCCAAAGACAGCCUGUUCAGGCCAUGGAACAAAACUCCACAUACCUGGCUACGGCUUCAGGUGAGUGAUUGCAGUUUCAAAACACGACUGAACCUGUCUCUAGACUUAUAAGAAACUCUUUUCUCUGUCUUUCUGUGAAAUUAAGAUGACUGCACUAUUUUUCUGUGGUUGCUGAGUGAUCUGGCUGAAUAUUCCUGCGAUGAGCCUCAUACCAUGCUAAAAGGCCACACUGGAGGAGUCACAUGUCUGUCUUUCAGCCCUGAUGGGGAACAGCUGCUGUCCGGAGGAAAAGAUAAGGUAUGAUAAGUUUGUGCUGUAAUGUGUUUUUCCAGUCUGGCACGUAAAGUUUAAAAUCAUUAUCCUCGUCAUGUAUUGGUUUAACAUGCUAAUAAAUCUUUGAGUUUGUUUGUUUUAUUUUGGAUCCACCAUUAGUUACAACAAAAUAUGCAGCAACUUCUAUUCCUGGGGCCCGUAUCUUCUUUUCCAUUUUCAUUUUGAACUAAGACAAGUACUUACAAACAUUACACUUACAUAACACUCAUUCUACACUUCAUUCAUACAGUAGCUCUUAUUCUCUCUUGCUUGUUGAAAAUAAACCAAUACAUAAAUAAGAUGAAGAAAGUAAAAUGAAAAGACAAAAAAGAAAAACAGAACUUAUAAAUUCCACGUCUAUUUAUGAAACAACAUGGCAGCUGUCUCCUGAUAUUUAAAGUCUAUUUUCACCUCUUUAUCAGCAUCACAACUAACAACUAACAUGAGAAGAUGAACUGGAUCAAAACGACAAUAAUGACCAUGAUGACUGAUACCGAGAAUAUUAUUUAGAGUACCAUUAAAGUUUUAUAAAAUUGUGUGUGUUUGUGUGUGUUUCAGGCUCUGAUGGUUUGGGAUGUGAGUGUGACUCCUCCUGUUCUCUCCAAGUCACUCCCUCACGCUCAUAGAGACUGGAUCACCGGAUGUGUUUGGACUCCGGACUGUGUGGUAUAUACAGUAUCUCAUACUACUAUACUGAAGCACUGUUGUGUUUCUUUAAACAACUUGCAGUUCUUUGAGUUUGUACUUGAAAUUGGCUCCAAAAGCCAGGAAACCUCAUUAACUGUCUUAAUCAGACUCUCUUCUCUGUUCCAGAUCAGCUCGUCAAACGAUGGGAGGCUCUGUUUUUGGGAUCUGCAGGCGGGCAAACAUCUCAAAGAAAUCUCCUGGACCAGCUCUCUGACAUCUGUCUGCUGUCUGGUGAGAAAAUAUGAAACUUGUGUUCAUAAGGGAAUUGAGAUCGUAUCUUCACAGAAUUCUUAAAAGUGCAGUAAAUGAGGUCUCGGUUUAUGUUCACUGUCUACAGGGACAGUUUGUGGUGGCCGGCUGUGCAGAAGGAGGACUUCAUGUCUGGAACUGGGAAACAAACACAGAAAUCAGCCACAUUGCUGCUCAUAAACGGCGUAUUCACCACUGCACUGUCCUACCAAACACAGGUAAACUCUCUCUACUCCACAUGCAUUCUCUCUUUGUCUCUCCAACUUUGUUUAACAAGUGAUAAUUUCUUGAUUAGAUUAAAUAAUGUCUGCUCUUUCUUUCUUUUUUCAAGACAAAGACAAAGAAGUAAACCCAGAGGAAAUGUCUGUCCUCACUGCGUCUGAUGAUGGAACCGUGCAGCUCUGGAAACCUCUGCAGGUCUACCGUCUUUAAAAUAUCACUUUGAGUUUAACAUACUUAUUUAAGAAACAUGUAUAGGUUUUUUUUGAUUUGGUUAAUUUCAUUUCUUUAUUUUUUACUCAAAAUGCUAAAAGAGACCACCUUCUGCUUUUAAUAAUUACUAUUUUUUUGUAUCUUCAUGUACAGGUGGAGCACUUCAACACCUUCCAGGGUCACAGCGGCUCCAUACAUGGAGUUUCUCCCAAGCAGGGACUCCCAGAAUUCCUCUCUGUCUCUGAAGACUGCUCGCUGCGACGCUGGACAUUGACAAAAGGUUAAACUUUAAAUCCUGCUUUUAUAACAAAAACAAAUUAACUCCUCUUGGAUCCAUUUUUAAAAGUACGAACAUCAUAACUACUGAUCAACUAAGUGAAAAUGAAAUGUCAUGAAAUGUCACUUCAGUUUCCUGUCCUUAAAGUACACACCUUCAUUCUUCUAAAUUGUGUCAGUAUGUGUCCAGCCCUCCAAUUAUAAUGAGUUUUAUUCACAGACAGCUGUUUUGUGUCUUUUCAGAGGGUCCUACCAGCCUGAGGGGUCCGGUCACAGCUCUGUGCUUCUCUCAGAUGGGUAAUCUGCUCCUUGUUGGUUAUGAAUCUGGUUAUGUGGAAAUGUGGCAGAAGAACACUGUGGUCGGACACAAACAGGUGAGGAACAUGCAUGAGAAGAGGUUGAACACUGGACUCACAGCUGGUUUUAAACGCUGGUGUUUGCGCGCGCGCGUGUGUGUGUGUGUGUGUGUGUGUGUCAGACUUCAGCCAGCGCAGUCACAGCGAUCUGCUCCAUGCCUGAUAACAAGUUUGCUGUCAGCUACAUGAAAAAAACGGUGGACGUGUGGAGGCUGGUGUGGAAUGAAGAGCGUACCUCCGCCAGGUAAACAAAACUAACCUGCCUAUAUUUGUGUACACGUACUAACAGACUUUAUAUUAAACAGGAGCCAGUGACUGUUGUGUUUUUGUCCCCCUCAGCCUGGUGAGGUUCAAAACAUACGAAGUUGAAGACCCCGUGGUUCACCUCAUGUACUUCAGGGUCCUGUUGGGAGUGUCAUUCAACGGAACAAUAAUGGACAUCGUUAGGAACAAAGACGACGACUGGGGCUACAAAAUCUCAGAGUAACACAAGAUACAAUCUAAGAAUGGAUGUUUAUUUGAUAGAUAAUUGUCUGACUUAAUUCAUAGUUUUCUACUUUUUUUUACUGUAUGUUUUAUUUAAUAUCUACAUUUUAUUUGAUGUGAGUUGAAGUGAAUCUAUUUACAGCAACACUGAACGUAUUAUUGUCAAUAUUACACCAGUGGAUGCUUUGAAUCCAGAUUCUUUCCUGGAGGUAAAGGGUUAAAGGUCCCUAUUUUUUUGUCUUUUUUGCAGCUGGUCGGAGAGAGUUCGGGUAAUGCAGUCGAUUCCUAACGACCAGAAGAGCAUGUGGCUGUUGGGAGAAGCAGAGGGACAAGUUGAGCUUGGCUUCUUGGUGAGUUCUGAUGAAGGGAUUCAAAAGACUUUUCAUUGAUAGUGAAUUAAAACCUAAAGGCUAGUGCAUCGCUUACUUUGUUGGCCAAUGCCUGCGUGUUUUUCCCCCCCUAGAUGAUUGUGAGCCCCAAAGAGAGGUUCAAUACAAAUUUUAGCUCUUCAAAAGUGGAGACUGAUGAAGAGGAGCAGAAAGGGAGCCUGAUCACAGCGAUAACUAUGGACGAAAGUACGAACAUGCACUGUUUAUAUUACCCACUGUUACUACUGAAAACAUUGAAAUUACAAUAAGAACUUCUUAAUACUGUGCUGUGUUCUUUCAGACUUAUUUGUGUGUGGAGACAUUCAGGGCAACAUGUGGUUCAUCCAGCCUCCAGAACCUUCCACAUGGCGCAACAAAAAACCUGUAAGAAUUCAGAGAAGAGCAGCAUAACAGUUUACGCCCCAAGACGGUGUAUUUGCAAUAAACAGUGAUUUUCUGUGGUUCCAGGAAACAAUUAAAGCUUCUAAUGUCUCCUAAACUCUCAAUAUUGUUUUUAUCUUGAUGUUUGAUCCUCAGGCCCACAGUGACAGGAUCAGCGUGCUCAGACUCACAGACAGCACCAUCAUCUCUGCGUCCUACGACAGGACGGUGAAGCUGUGGGACAGAAACACCAAGAAACAGGUACACUAGAGACUGAUGAACUGAUGUUUUUUUAUACUUUGUUGUUUGUUUGUUUUUUUGUAUGCAGAUGUCACCCUUAUCCUCUCUUUCUCCUCCUCUAGGUGGGGAUGUUUGUGUGUGGAGGUCCUGUUCUGCUUCUGGAGGUGAACCCUAAAAAACCCACUGAGCUGGUCUGUGGUGACGGACAGGGGAAGAUCUACUUUCUCUCCUGGAAACAAUGA